UGUUUCUUCACCUGAUCUGACUGCCACGAACAUGCUGGCCUCACUUGAAGGCAAAUGACCCAAAACAAAUGUGACCCCAGGUCCAUGAGAAGGGGUUUGCGUAAAGCUUUCCCACUGGAUUACUUGUGGAGAUUAGUGAUGGGGAAUGCGGCCGCCGGGGCCUUGGAGCAGGAACAUGCUGAGGGCCGAGAGGCCAGGAACUCAGUCGGGGCAGCUUCAGGGAUGAGUGACCCUGCGCCAAGUUUGCAGAGGAAGCAGCCGGCUCCCCCCAAACUGCCAAUGCCGCCAGAGGAGGAGCUGGAGGAGCGCUUCAACGUGGUGCUGAGCUACAUGAACCUGCCUCCAGAUAAACUACAGCUCCUGAGUCAAUAUGACAACGACAAGAAGUGGGAGUUGGUCUGUGAUCAGGAGCGUUUCCAGGUGAAGAGUCCCCCAUCCACUUACCUGACCAAGAUCAGGAGCUUCUACCAGGAUCAAGGAGGGGUGUCUCGCAGGUCGAAGAAAAGGAUCCAAGAUGCUACUCAGGUUCUUAAAGAUUUGGAGAUAUCACUCCGCACCAAUCACAUUGGAUGGGCCCAAGAGUUUCUCAACGAGCAGAAUAAUGGUCUGGGUGUCCUGGUGGAGUACCUGUCUCAUGCUCAAAGUGAUGUCUCAUUCGAUGUGGAGAGCCUUGAAAAUGGCGGCACCCUCUCAGACAGAGCAAAGCCGGCAGAGAGGUCCAUGGAAGAUUUGACCAAGAGCUCCAGUGGCUCCCAUUCACAUGGGAUGACCAGAGCUGCCCGAGCACUAACUGUGAGAAUAAGCUCCACUCUGGUGAACAAAAUACAUAAAAAGUCCCAUUCAUCCACCCAGAGAGAUGACGUGCAUGUGUGCAUAAUGUGCUUGCGAGCCAUAAUGAACUACCAGUCCGGUUUCAACCAGGUGAUGAGUCACCCACGCUGUGUGAACGAGAUCACCCUCAGUCUCAACAGCAGGAAUCCCAGGACUAAAGCCCUCGUCCUAGAGCUGCUGGCUGCCGUGUGUCUCGUCAGAGGAGGACACGACAUCAUUCUCUCUGCUUUUGACAACUUCAAAGAGGUGAGCAAAGAGAGGAACCGCUUUGAGAAGCUGAUGGAGUACUUCAUCAAUGAUGACAGCAACAUUGACUUCAUGGUGGCGUGCAUGCAGUUCAUCAACAUCGUGGUCCAUUCAGUGGAGAACAUGAACUUCCGUGUGCAUCUACAGUACGAGUUCACUCACCUUGGAUUAGACAAAUAUCUUGAGAGUCUGAAACAAACAGAGAGCGAUAAGCUGCAGGUCCAGAUCCAGGCCUACCUGGACAAUGUGCUGGAUGUGGGUGCCCUGCUGGAGGACGCUGAGAGCAGAGGAGGGGUGCUGGAACAUGUGGAUGAGCUGCAGGAACACAAUGUCCAGUUGAGUGCUCAGCUCCAGGAGAUCGAGGAUCACAUGACAGAGCGAUUAUCUGAACUUGAGACGCAGCUGAUGCAGGCGACCAAAGAGACUGAGCUGCUCAAAGAAAGCCUGCGGGAGUCCUGUUCCCAGGUUAGUGCUCUGCAGCAGAAAGAAAGAGAGCGUGAGCUGGACCAUGAGAGGGAGAAAGACAGGGAGCGUCUGAGCUCCUCCACCCCUCAGACCAUCUCAGAGCUGGAGCAGAAGAUCCACGAGCUGCAGGACAAGGGGCUGAUCCGACUGGGGCGCAGCGCCUCGGGAGGUCUGGACAUCCAGGUCGUGCCCAUCACCGUGGUCGAAUACGUCGAAGUCCCCGCCCCGGCAGUCACUCAGCCCAGCGGCCUGAGUGUAGUGGACUCAAACCGCCCAGCAUCCAGCCUCCCUUCCUCUCCACCACCACCACCUCCUCCUCCGCCCCUUCCUGGUGCUUCAGGACAGAUUGCCCCGCCUCCUCCUCCACCUCCUCCCCCACCUGGUGCUGGACCACCACCCCCGCCACCCCCGCCUCCCCCGCCUGUACCACCUGGUAAUGGACCACCACCUCCACCUCCACUACCUGUUGCCGGACCACCACCUCCACCUCCCCCAUUUGGUGGUGGACCCGCACCCCCUCCCGGAGUGCCAAACGCACCUGCAUUAAAGAGCAAGAAGCCAAUUCAGACCAAGUUCAGGAUGCCGCUGUUAAAUUGGCAGGCCUUACAACCAAACCAGGUGUCGGGCACAGUCUUCAAUGAGUUAGAUGAUGAGCAGGUCUUAGAGGAGCUAAACAUGGAUAUGUUUGAGGACGUGUUCAAGACUCGGGCCCAGAGUAAUACAACAGACUUGUCCAAUGUGAAGAAGAAGGUGGUUCAGAAGGCCCCCAGCAAGACAUCCUUGAUGGAGACCAACAAGGCCAAGAAUCUGGCCAUCACGCUACGCAAGGGAGGAAAGACUCCAUCUGCAAUCUGCACCGCCAUCGAGACGUACGACCAGCAGGCUUUGUCCAUAGACUUCCUGGAAUUGCUCGAGCACUUCAUACCAUCAGACUUUGAGAUGAAGCUGCUGAUUAACUACGAGAAGGAUGGCCGCCCACUGGAGGAGCUGGCCAACGAGGACCAAUUUAUGUUGCGCUUUGGGAAGAUUCCUCGUCUGAACCAGCGGAUAAAAACCCUCACUUUCAUGGGCAAUUUCCCAGACACUGUCAAGCACCUGCAGCCGCAACUAAACUCCAUCAUUGCUGCAUCCAUGUCCAUCAAGUCUUCAGUGAAGCUGAAAAAGAUUUUAGAAAUCAUCCUCGCCUUCGGUAACUAUAUGAACAGCAGUAAGAGAGGUGCAGUGUACGGUUUUCGGCUGCAGAGUCUGGACAUGCUGUUGGAGACCAAGUCGACUGACCGCUCGCAGACGCUGCUGCAUUUCAUCACCAACAUCAUCCAGGAAAAAUACCCUGACUUGGCCGACUUCCACACCGAGCUACACUUUGUGGACAAGGCAGCUCUCACGUCCCUGGACGGCAUUCUUCAGGAUAUCCGCUCGCUACAACGAGGAAUGGAGAUGACCAAAAAGGAGUUCCUGGUGCAGGAUGACAGCACCGUGUUGAAGGAAUUCAUCAAGGAAAACAGUGAGCAGCUGGAGUCUUUAAUCAAAGACAGCAAGACAGCACAGGAGGCUUACGGUUCUGUGGUGGAGUAUUUCGGAGAGAACCCCAAAACCACGCAGCCUUCCAUGUUUUUCCCGAUGUUCGGACGUCUCAUAAAAGCCUACAAGACAGCGCAGCAAGAGAUUCAGCAGAAAAAGAAAAUGGAGAGUGAGAGCGGGAAGGAAAAAGAGUCGCCAUCUCCACAAAAAGCAGGGGGGCAAAAGGGGCCUAUGAUGCCCAAGAUGCCUCAGAUGGACCUGAUAGCAGAGCUGAAGAAAAGGCAGGUGAAGCCGCAGGUACGUGAAGGGAAGGACGGCGCUCUGGAAGACAUCAUUACAGAUUUGAGAAACACGCCAUACAGGCGGACAGAUGUUCGACGGCCAGCGCAGCGUCAGGAUACUUGAGGCAUGUCUGGUCCAAGCCUAUUUGAUUUUUAACAGAUGUACCUGGAAUCCCAGUCAAGUAAACAGAAAAAAGAACAACAGUUCUGUAUAUACAUUUAUAUCAAAAGUGCAUUGUGUAUUUUGACCAUUUAUUCUGUAAAUAGAUAUACUUUUGAUAUUUUUAAUGCAGUUGUCUAUGAAUUUGAUUCCAAAUCUUGCAAAAAUACAAAACAUUUCUGUAAUAUCUCAUGUCUAACAAGAAAACCUUCACGUAUUUCAAAAUAAAACUUCUUUUAACCAUGAUGCUGUAUUUGUAUUUUCUCAUCUGCAACAUCCAGUUUGCAUUAACAUUUUCUAAUGCUAAAGAUGCAAUAAUGUAUGAAGUAAAGGUCAGAUGCCACCAGAGCUGCACUUUAAAGUGUUCUGCAUAUAAACUCAUAUCAAACAUAUAAUGAGAAAAAUAGCAUCAUGUAUUUUUGCCAAUAUUUUAGUAUAUUUGUUCUGUAAAUAAAAAUAUGAAUGCAACAGUCAGUGACUUUUAUUUUACAUCUAAAAAACUAAAUGUUUCUCUGGGAUUUAGUGUAUUGUUGAAUGUAAAAGAAAAUCAUGACUAUUUUAAGAUAAAAAUUGUUCGACCAUGUAUUUGUAUUUUCUCAAAUGCAACAUCCAACUGUGGAUGUUGCAUUUCAAGCAAGUCAUUGUAAAGCAAACUCUGUACAAGAGAGAUGUACUUUAGUGUUCUGCAUAUACAGUUAUUUUAAAAUAUAUUAAAUAGCAUGUAUUUUUGGCGAUAUUUUUGUGCAUUUGUUCUGUAAAUAGAUAUUUUAUUACAACAGAACUUGAUUCCAAAAAUGAAAUAUUUCUGCAAUGCCUCAUAUCUUUAAAAUAAAUAAAACU